GAAAUACCAAAUAAACGGGAAGUGAAAUCGCGAAAAAAUACUCCCGAGGAGAAACGAAAACAAAAUAGAGAAUGGAGAAAGCGAAAGCGACAGCAGAAGAAUGCGAGUAAUCUGGCUCUGCUCGCUAAUACUGAAGUUCUGCUGAGAAUCAAUGAUGGACCAAAUGUGGCUGAGACGAGCUUGGUAGAUAAGAAAUCGUUUUCUCCAAAUCUGGAUACAGAACAGGUAGGCAACGAAAGCGGACUUAUCAUGCUUAAGGCUAAUUCUAAAGAAGAAAUGGUAAGUAAUGCGAAGAGACCACGAUUAACAACCCUCUUGGAUGUACAUUGUUCAAGAUCUGCAACAAUGCUUCGGAUGGCGCUUGGAGACGACGCAAGACGCAAGCCGACUCAACAUUCAAGGUCAUUUUUGGCACAGACAACGUUUCAACGCAUUGUUAGUCAGAAAAAUAUCCAUUUUAAGAGUAUGUCAGAUGAAGAAUUCAAAUGCAACUUUAAAGAAUUGAUUCCGGAACAUUUGGAGUAUCUAACCCAACAUUCCGUUGGUAGUGGAAGUUUUGGCCAAUGCUUCAAAGCAAAUGACACACAAUGACAACGCCGGAGAACAGGACAGGGCAAAGAAAAACCUUCUUCAUGAAGCAGGGGUUAUAACUGCAUUGGGGGAUCAUGCCAACCUCCCAAUGUUGUUUGGAGUAGUUACAAAGAGCUUGCCCCUAUGCCUUGUUCUACAGUUCCAUGGCAUCAACCAAGAAAGCACUACUCUUCAUCAGGCAGCAAGGAAAAACCUGCUUAAUUCAACAGAUUGUAUUUCACUGUUUAUAGAGAUAGCUUCUACCUUGAGCUAUGUUCAUUCAUGGGGCUACCUUCAUAAUGACAUAAAAGCUAACAAUGUAGUAUUGGAAAGAAAGUCCGACCCUGCGAAAUACGACCCGAUUCUUAUUGAUUUCGGUAAAAGCACCAAGCUGGGGUUGCCAUCCUCAAAACGAAGUUCGUCCUUCUCUUCAAGAAAGAUCUAUUUAGCCCCAGAAGUCCAAAAAGAAAGACGUUACAGCAUUUCUAGUGACAUUUACUCUUUAGGAAGAAUGCUGAAGGCUGUGUCGUGUUUAAUAGGUUUUUAUGAGAAGGUGCGGGUGCUUGUGAAAAAAGCCACUGACCAAAACCCGGGUGAUAGGCCUACUGUUGAAGAAUUUUUGCAACAAAUCUCUACAAUUAUACCAUAG